UACCACAGAGUGAAGGAGAAGAAGACUAAGAAUGAAUUUUGCCGCCAUGGAUAAGGAGCACACGUCGGUGAGAGUGUUACUGUUGGUGUUGUUGCUUAUGGUGUGGUUCUGUGUCUGCAGUGGUAAUGCAGAUGAUGAAGAGCAGAAGAGAAAACCAUCCUUCUGGGAGUGGCAGAAACUAAGAAUUGCUUAUUCUGCCUAUUCAGGACUUUUUUUUCCUAAUGGUUGGUACAAUACGCUUAAACAGCUUCUCAAUCACGCAUAUCUCCGUUUGUUUCCUCCAAAUAUAGAUUUUAGAAGAGAAGACAAAGGAGCAGCUGAAGUCAAUGUCAAGAACUCCUUCUCUCAAUCUGAUGCUGAUACCAAAAUACACAAAGAACUUUGAUUUCGUUUAUUUUUUUCUGUUGCUGUUGUUAUGUAACAUUAUAAAUAUUUGUAACAACUCUUUCAUAGUGUUAUUUAUGAUACUGCUGUUUAAGUGAAUAUA